AAGAUGUCCGAAGCGGACUGGAAUCCACUCCACUGAGGCCAGAUCACCGUAUCCCUGUCUAGAGGGGUAAGCAGCGCAUUCAUCACCAUGUCAAUUGGACGGCCUGAACCCGAGGUUAUCGUCAAUUACGCAGACGGCUACGCCUACUCCAAAGGGAAGAUGGAGGAAGCCUUCCGGAGUGGGCUAUUCGAGAAACCGGCUUCGAAAUCCAAAGAUACCGCCAAGGUAGUACACAAGAAGGAGGACGUCGACCUGAUUGUAAACGAGUUUGAGAUUACAAAGGCCCAAGCAGAAAAAGCGCUGGUAGAGAACGGCGGAGAUCUCGCGAAAACGCUCAAGGCCCUGGUCACUCCCUGAUGAAUGGGUAAUCCCAGCGCGUCCCCGUCAACUAGGUGCAGAUUUACCGGCGUCAACGAUUUCAUUUGUUGCCUACCACUCAAGUGGAUUCAAGAUCCACGCAACUUUGCAGGCACAUCAUCAUAAGAAUGCGUUGACCUAAUGAAUACACCAAUUAACGAGUUGCGCUAUACUCUAUCAUGUUCAUGACUGUCUUUCGUAGUAUUACUGUAUGGGGUAUCCAGAUAAAUGCAAGCGAGCGUGCGGGUAUGUUAGAGCAUCCAUUGACAAGACUCUCGGGGUUCCACGUUAUAGUGUGUCUUGACCGGACGGCCUGAUGCGAGGUAGCCUAGGUAGUGCAAUAAUAUGACACGGGAAACGGAAGAUUAUCGCAAUAUAGGCCUCGACGCCAUGCAACGAGGUGGAGAGCGUGUGCCUCGCAGCAGCUGCGCGCGCCGAAGCUCCUCGUCGAUACGCCACAUGCCUUUGACGAAGGCGUCGCGAUCAAGGCUGCCGGUUCCAUUUGGGUCACAUUCACACCAUAAAUCCCUAAGCUUCCGUCUCUCCAGCUUCGAGCACAUCCAUAUUCUUCUUACAAUAGCGCCAUCCAACCUUUCCUCACUUCCUACGUCCUCUUCAUCAUCCAGACCCUUAUCUUUUCUUGGCAUGGGUGUCGAGGGAGUAGCCGGAGUCUCCGGUUCAGGACUCGUAAUCAAGUCCACUGACAAACCCCGCCAUCCCGCCGCCGACCUGCUCUUCCGAUUUCCCUGCGUCUGGCUCGG